GACAGAGACAGAAAGAAAGAAAGAAAGAAAAAGUUCCCCCUCACUUCACUUUUAAUCCUGUUGAUGUAGCGACACUCUGACGGACUUUGAAGUGAACGAGGUGUGUUUUUCAAGGCGAGGCAGAAGUUUGGACAUGAGCGGGUAGAGAAAGGCAACUCGUCCCCGAGCAUCAUGAAGCUGCGCUCCGGCGUCUCUCUGUGGACUCUCCUGGUCUUCUGCGCUCUCCUCAAGAACGCCCGAGCACAGUGUGACUCAAAUUGUUCAGCUGAAAGCACAUUAAAAACAACAGAAAGAACUGUCACUUUGGAAUCCCAACCAAGCUGUCAUUUAUCCACUGGUGACCUCUCUGGAAACGGUUCGAUAACUGGUCUGACUCCUGGAGCCGUCUAUGAAAUCCACAUCAACUGUUCGAACUGCUGCAAAGAGGUCACAACGAAGCCUGAAAAGGUCGGGAAACUCAAUGUGGCUGAUUUGACCACAUCUUCAAUCUUUGUGAACUGGACUAAACCAGACGGAAACAGCUCCUUCUAUAAAGUACGAUGGACAAAUGGAACUGAGACUAAAAAUGAAAGUACAGCUACCACGUCUAUAAACAUUACCAACCUGACUCCUGGGGUCCAGUAUAACAUAACUGUUACCGCAGUGGCAGAUGAUCACGUUACUAAAGGAGCAAGUGCCACUGUGUCUCAGUACACAAAGCCUGAAAAGGUCAGGAAUCUCAAUGUGGCUGAUUUGACCACAUCUUCAAUCUUUGUGAACUGGACUAAACCAGACGGAAACAGCUCCUUCUAUAAAGUACAAUGGACAAAUGGAACUGAGACUAAAAAUGAAAGUACAGCUACCACGUCUAUAAACAUUACCAACCUGAUUGCUGGACUCCAGUAUAACAUAACUGUUACUGCUGUGGCAGAUGAUAACGUUACUGAAGGAGCGAGUGUCACUUUGUCUCAGUACACAAAACCGGGUCAAAUUGAGAAUCUGAAUGUGUCAACAACCACCACCUCCAUCUCACUGACUUGGAGCGCACCUCCUGGUCAGGUGUCCGACUACAAGGUGGAGUGGGUUCAUGGUGGAACUCCAAUGACCAGAUUUACAUCCAAUAAUCCCUCUGCCGUGCUCUCAGACCUGACCCCUGGCACUCGCUACACAAUCACGGUCACUGCCGUUGCUGGAGACAACGAAACUCAAGGAGAGCCCGUCACAAACACCUCCAUCACAAAACCUGCUGCAGUCGUGAAUCUCAAUGUCGCCGAAGUCACAACAUCAACCGUGUCUCUGAACUGGACCGAACCAGAGGGCAAGGCCGACCGGUACAAAAUCCUGUGGAGUUCAGGAGGAGAUACCUUCAACACCACCACCACGAAUGAAACCUUCUAUACUAUCAGCGAUUUAAGCCCAGGAUUCCAGUACAACAUCACAGUGGCUGCUGUUGCUGGAGAGCCGUCCGUUGAAGGGGAGGGAACCUCAAGAACAACCUUCACAAGGCCUGAAAAGCCAGAGAGCAUCACCGCUACAGAGGGAACCGACAACUUGAUCAUCCGCUGGACUUUGCCGAGAGGGAGAGCUGUUCACUAUGUGGUGAACAUCUCAAAUACAAACCUGAUGUAUUCGAAUUCCACUCAGACAGAAGACCAGACGGCCCGCUUUACUGGUUUAUAUCCUGGGAGACUCUUUGAUAUCACAGUGACCGCCGUGGCUGGAAACUUCCAAAACACGUCUGAGACAUCUUCGUUCGCCACCGCUCCCACUCCUCCUGGUCACAUCGUCAUCGAUCAGCCGACCAACUCCUCUCUCCGUGUGGCGUGGACGACUCCUUCCAUGAUGGAGGGCGCUCCAGACAUCAGCUACCGCGUCACCUACCAGCCCGGCGACGGUGAACUACACACCGAAGUCAGAGAAGUGGAGCUUUCUCCGCUCGCCUCUGGAACCUCCUACAAUGUCACUGUGGAAACUGUCGGACCCCAAAACUUGAACAGCACAAUUGUCCAUAAAUCUGCCUUCACCAGGCCAAACCCAGUGCUGAACCUCGAAGCUCGCCCUAAAUCUACCGCUUCAGUAACGGUGAGCUGGACAGAUCCACUGGGAGUCCAGCCGUAUUACCAAUACUUGGUUGAAACCUACAAUGACACAGGAAUGCUCGUUGACUCAAAGACAGUCAACGAAAGCAGCACAGAUGUAACUGGUCUGGAGCCGGGAUCCAAAUACGACAUCAACGUCACGACAGUCGCCGCCCCUGGAAGUAAAUCCGACGUGGAACAGACGUUCAGUUAUACAAUACCCAAAGCGGUGACCAACCUCACAGCAGAGCAUGUGAACACGACGGCCAUCAGGUUGACGUGGCUCGAUGACCAUGAAUCUUCCACCUACCAGGUGGUGGUGUUCCUUGACGACUUGGUUGUUCGUAAUAUUUCAACAGCGGCAAAGACUUACACCUUCGGCGAUCUGGAACCUGGAAACGAGUACAUAUUUAAUGUGUGUGCAGUUGUAGCAGGGGUCAAGUCCACAGUGGUAUCCACAUCAAGUUACACAGUACCCUCAGCAGUCUCUAACCUCACAGCCAUCGGAAACACAACCAGCCUGUCAGUGAGCUGGACGCCCGGCUCGGGGAACGUGUCCUCGUACUCGGUCCUGCUCUACAGAGACUCGCUGUUGAUCACAAGCGCCACAGAUCUGAGCGCCGAGACUCGAGACAGAGUGUUUACGGACUUGAAACCAGGAGUGCUCUACCUUGUGAAGGUGAUCGCCAAAAGUGGACGCUUGGAGAACCCAGCAAACGUUUCCAACGCAACCUUUCCCAACCCUCCCGGUCCCAUCACGGUGGUGUCUCAGACAGUCAAGUCCAUCAACUUCACCUGGCCCCUCCCGGAGGACAUGGAUCACAAUCAGUACAACUUCAGGGUGUCCAGCAGCGCUAACGUCUCGGCUUUGAUUCAAAACAACUCAUUCCUGCUGGACGAUCUCUCAUCUGGAAGCCUUCACAACAUCUCUGUUGUUACCGUCGGUGUGUGGAAUUAUAGCAGCACAGCGGUGACGGCAGCAACCUACACCAGACCGUUUUCUGUCACUAAUCUGAGUGAGACAGAAAUCACCACAAACACCGUGAGGCUGGCGUGGGAGCAGCCGGAGAUCAGAUCGAACUACACUUAUCUAGUGCAGGUCUCCAACGGCUCCUCUGAUGUUUUUUCCAAAGUGGAGUCGACGAACACUUCAACAGUCACUCCACUCGUCUCUGGGAGCAACUUCAGCUUCACCGUCACUACGCGGGCAGCAGAUGGCACCGAAGCCGACCCUGUCACAGUGUCCUACUUCACAAGGCCGUAUGGUGUCAGAGGGCUGGUGGCUGAAACCUUAAACACAGAAGCUAUAAACCUGGCUUGGAUGAGACCACUUGAGUACAGGACUGACUAUAGGUAUCGGAUCGAGACGACGGGCUGCGGCUCCAGCACCAUAACCCUUACAGAAGAAACGGCGGUGAUCUCAGAGCUCACCCCAGGAACCAACUGCACCUUCUGUGUUUCUGUCAUGGCAGCAAACGACAUCACAGGGGAAGAAAACUGCACCUCUCAGUACACGAGACCUGAGAUGGGACAUCCCAGCAUCUCCAGCUGGGGCUCCAACAGCUCAGUCCUGGUGAAUUGGACCCAACCUCGGGGAAAUGUGGAGUAUUAUAAGGUUCAUCUAAAUGAUUCUCUACAGUCAGUGCAGCUGAGCUCCACCGACACCUCCCACCUGUUUGACGACCUGUCGGCUGGAAGAUUUUACAGCGCAGUUCUCAUCACAUGCAGCGGACCAUUUAAUGCAUCAUCUGAAGUGGUUACUAAUGCAACGUUCCCCAACCCUCCUGGACCAAUCCAGAUCCUGGCUCAGACAACCAGCUCCAUUGAGUUUAGAUGGGGAGACGCUCCUCUGAUGUCUGGUGCGUCUUUCUACUACCAAGUGACUAACACACCAUCUCAGAGAGGCGGAAACGUCACUACCAACACCACCACCGGCACCAGUCAUACUUUUGCCUCCCUGCCUUCUGGGACUUCCUUCAACUUGUCCGUGGUGACCGUGGGUGUUGGGGGCUUCGAGAGUGGAAGGGUUUACAGCGAGAUGGUCACCACGAGACCGCAGAGCGUGCAGUUUCUUACGACGACCUCAGAGGAGACGAACAUCACAGUCAGUUGGACCCAACCUGUUGGAUACAAGGACAGCUAUCGUUACAAUCUGACCUGGGAGGGAUCAGAUGGGACCAAGAGUUCCGAACUUAUUCAGGAAACUUCUUUUACUAUCCACCCCCUGGAUCCUGGUAGCAGAUAUAACAUUAGUGUCACCACUGUGACCUCUGAUGGAACGGCGGGUGCUCCACGCUUGAUUUCCACCUGCACAAGGGCAAGCCCAGUGACAGAUCUAACAUGUAAAGGCCCAAACAAUCCAAACGCAGAAGUCAUCCUGAACUGGACCAAACCCAGAGGCCAGUACUCUGGUUUCUCUAUCAACAUAAACACAGACACCAUCGACAGGAAGGGCACCUGCUGCAGUCACACUGUUUCCGACCUUCGCCACAACACCAACUAUACCCUGACUGUGACGACUCUGAGUUGCGGAGGAAGCAGCUAUCCUGUGACUAUUUCCUGCAAAACGGGCAUCACAAAUCCACCCGCUCCACUGUGUGGCUCACUGAUGGUGGUGGCUGAUGUUCAACACAACAGGUUCUCCCUCAACAUGAACUCCAACGUGCUGAACGACCUCAACGGACCGAUUACAGAUAUUGGAGUGCUGGUGACAAGUAAUGUCCCUGAUAACUCCUCUAAUUUGAAGCAGUAUUUGGGGAAGACUUAUUCCGAGUGGAGAGCUGAGACGACUCCGGUGUACCUGGCAACAGUCGUCCCCAACAUCGCCCAUCAGAUGAAUGAUCAGGACUUUGUGGUCAUAGGAAACGGAUCCCAGUGGAAAGGCUACAGUAACGGUGUUCUGGACCCCAAAGGACGAUACCAAUAUGCCAUCGCAAUAUUCACCAGUCUGAAAGCGGACGGCAACCUUGUGGAUAGUAGCAGCUCACUGGUCUCAAUAACAAACUUCUGUUCUGUCACCCUUGAUAGUGACCCAGCUGUCAUUGCCAUCGCCAUCGCAGUCCCACUGAGCAUUUUCUGUAUUCUCUUCAUCAUCCUCAUCGGCUUCAUCGUCUACUGGAGAAGGAUUGCCAAGAAAGACACGUCAGACAUCCAGAUUCACUCCCUGAGAUCCAAAGUAAGUGUAGCGGUGAGGGUGGAGGACUACGAGGCGUACUACAAGAAGCAGAAAGCAGACUCCAACUGUGGAUUUGCAGAAGAAUUUGAGGACCUGAAGAUUGUUGGUACCAGUCAGGCCAAAUUACACGCAUUGUCUGUGGAGAACAAGCCCAAGAACCGCUACAACAACGUGCUUCCAUAUGACUCGUCUAGGGUGAAACUCUCUAUAAUCCACGGAAGCCCGUAUGACGACUACAUCAAUGCUAACUACAUGCCGGGUUACAUCUCCAGGAAGGAGUUUAUUGCAGCUCAGGGUCCUUUGCCCACCACAGUCAACGAGUUCUGGAGGAUGAUCUGGGAGAAGAACGUGCAGACGAUGGUCAUGCUGACGCGCUGCAACGAACAGGGACGAGUGAAAUGUGAGCAGUACUGGGGUUCUGGCACCAAGCACUUUGAAAACAUCACUGUGAGAACAACCUCUGAAAUACCACUUGAAGACUGGACCAUCAGGGACUUUGACGUCAGAAAUGUGAAAACAGCGGAGACCCGUUCCAUUCGUCACUUCCACUUCACAGCGUGGCCAGAUCACGGCGUACCGGAAACCACGGAGCUCCUCAUCAGCUUCAGACAUCUGGUCAGAGAGCACAUGAACCAAUACUCCAGAAACUCUCCCACCGUGGUGCACUGCAGCGCCGGCGUGGGGCGCACGGGCACCUUGAUAGCCAUCGACCGUCUGAUCUUCCAGAUUGAGCGGGAAAACAUCGUGGACGUGUUCGGCAUCGUCCACGACCUGCGCAUGCACAGGCCCCUCAUGGUGCAGACGGAGGACCAGUACGUGUUCUUGAACCAGUGUGCCUUAGACAUCAUCCGGUCGAGGACGGGCACCAACGUGGAUCUGAUCUACCAAAACACCGCUGCGCUCUCUAUUUACGAGAAUGUGGAACCAAAGAAAGGUUAUUCCAAAAACGGAUACCACAAUCCUUAAACCCGGGAAGUCGUCCAUCUCUCUCUCUCUCUCUUUACAUGUGAGCAAGAAACUGAGCAGACGUUUGCAAAGGGAACGCUUCUAACAGAUUGUAUUUAUUUCUGCCGCGCCGUUUGUUGAGAAUCUUCUGGAUUUAUUUUGUGAUAUUUAUUUGUCUUUGAUGAAGGAGCGAUGUGUUUAUGGAGAUGCAAUAGUGGACGUAACCACUGACCAAACAUAGUUCUGUCUUAGAUUAUAAUUGCAGAUAUGUUUUUUUUUACAUUGCUCUGUUGUUUUUAUAAUAUCUGUCUGCUUACUACUGUGUAUGACUCACUGAUGAUCACACGUUUGGCUCAGGAAGUACGUCGGAUGCUGUAUAGGUAUUAUUACGGACACUUUUGAUGUAAUUAACCGAUCCGUUGGAAUUGCCUUGUACAAAAACAAAUGCUGGUACACUGUGUGCCUUUUUUUUUUUUUUUAACAACCUGUAUGCUCUAACACCACUAGGUGGCACUCUUCUGUUUUUGUUUUUAACAUGGGGACUGUUAUGAUAUGGUAGCCUAUUAUUUUUGUAGUCUUCCACCAGUAUGAACUGUGCAAUGUGUUUUUAAUAAGGUUGUGUCUUUUGUAUGUGUAUGCACUGUAUUGUGAAUAAUGCACUGGAUGCAUUCGUCUUCCACACUGUCCACCGCAGAGAUGUUUCUAUCGGCUGAUUGCGUUUCGGCCAGUGCUUUGUGAAGCUGUUUGUUUCACCCACACGUUAAUAAUUUUAACACUUUAGCUCAGGAAGUGAAUGAAAGCCGGCAGGUGUGGUGUUAAGAAUCCACACUGGACCGACCGGCGUGUGUUUAGCAGAACUUUAAGAGGCCGCGUCCAUUGUUUAGUUAAUGUCCUUCUUUUCUACUUUUGUACAUUCCUCGCAGAAACUGUAAAGUUGUGCCACUUCCUGCUGCAUAUCUGAUCCAUCUAUGGACAUUUCCUGUGAUGUUAAGAAAAAAGAAAAAUCUCCAGGGAAUCACAAGUUUUAUUUUCAACUUCUAAAGGGCAGAAUUUUCCAUGAGGCAGGUACGUUUUUUUGUUUUUUGAAGAUGCAGCCUGAUAUUUUUAAGUCCAUGUUAUAUUUUUAUUAUGUCAUAAUGUACAUUAAUUGAUUUGAAGCACUUCUGCUCUCUUUUUUAAAAAAUGGAAAACAGGAAUUUUAAAUAGACAUCGGUUGUUGUUGAUAUGCUUUAUAGGAUGCUUGCUGGUACAAUGCAAAUAUGUAAAAGAAGCAGGACGCCUGUCGAUAUGUUAAAUGAAAACAGGAUUAAAGAUGUUUUUACGUUGCA